UCUUACGCUGAGUGAAUACCAAAGAAAUUCGAUUUGACAAGUCGGUUUGGUGAAAUCGAGCAAGAGUCGCUGCAAGAAGUUGAGCGGAAAAGCAGUAGAGCGCCAGAGCAGUACAGUGACAACCGUGGUAGCAGCAGCAGCAGCAGCAGCAAAAGCAGUAGAAAUUAUAUAUGACACGUAUUGGCGCUAUUAUAUAGUAUGCGCAUAUAUUUUUGUUGUUGCUCUUUUUGUGCUAUUUGGUGAUUCUUGGCCUAACGGUUAUGCAUUAUACACGCCAAAUUAUGCAAUAUACUUACUGCACGUGUGAAAAUCAUUGAUUGGAAAGAAGUUAAGCAAAAAGUUUGGCAAAAAAGCGAGGAAAAAUUAAAUAGCAAAAAAUCGUGUGUAAAAUUUUGGCUAGAAAAGUGUGUAUAAGAGGUGUGUGAAAAGUGGUGAAAAUGCUUUGGCAACGAUAAGCAGUGAAAAAAAUCGAAUUUCACAGCACUCGUUUGGCCUUCGUCGCGUUGAAGGCGAGUGAAAACGCGUAAUACUGAUAGCAAGCGCAAGAAAUUAAAAAAAGUAGAUUGUAAAGAGUUGAAAAUAUAAUAAAAAUUCAUUUAAAAGUAGUUAUUUCAAAGAAAAAUUUAAGUAAGAAUAUCAGCUAGCAGACUUUUCCUCAACGACCUCAAGCAGAAAAUUGUCAUUCAAGCAAAUUAUAGAAUCAGAUUAUUGGAAGCAAUGAGUUGGUGUAUGGUUGUUAAAAGAAGACAAGGAAACAAGAUAGUUCAACGCUAACGUUUGGAAAACACUAAAAAAAUUAACUAACGUAAUCCGAACGUAGAUAAAAUAGAUUUAGUAAUUACUUAAAGCUUCAAAGAAAAAAGUUUUAAGGUAUAUGCAGAUAUAAAGAACAAUUUGUAGUUAUUGUACAUUGGUCUUCGUAAACCACGCUAAAAUUUACUAUACAAAAAACGACAACAAUUGUUGUAACAUCACGGCUUACCUCAAAUUGAGGUAGACCAAUACGAACAGUAAAAAUAUACUAAUACUUAAAAGCUUUAGAUAAGCAUGGCUCAGUACGGUGGUGGCGCACCAAACCCCUUCGGUGCUGGUGGCGGCGGUGGCGGCUAUGAACCACAGCCAAGCUAUGGCGGCGGCUACGGCCAACAGAUGGGCGGUUAUGAUCAAACAGGCGGUGGUUAUGAUCAAAGCGGCGCAGGUUACGAUCAGAGUGGUGUCUACGGUAAUCAGGGAACCGUUGGUGGUGCGGAUUAUGGUGGUGGCAUGCCGAAUGUUGGUGGAGUGCCACAACAACCAUAUGGCAUGGCAGCACGUCCACGCGUCGAUGUAGAGGCUACUGGUGAAGUGGAUCCAACACUCUAUCCUGAAGCCAAAGAGUCCACGCACAAAAUACGCGGUCACGCCGAUAUUGUCGAAAUGCUUUUUGGGCCCACCGAACACGAACUCAUACCGGUGAAGGCCUUCUAUUUCUUUUUCUUUGCCGCUUUCGGUUCACUCUUUCCACUGAUGGGUGUCUAUUUCAAACAAAUGGGUAUGAAUCCUGGACAGUGCGGUAUAUUGAUUGGUAUGCGUCCAUUUGUGGAGUUCUUAUCGGCACCCUUCUGGGGUUCUUAUGCGGAUCGCUGCCGGCAAGGCAAAAAGUUGUUGAUGGCCUCACUCGCCUGUUGGGUGCUAUUUACCAUACCUUUGAGCUUUAUCAAACCCGAGGCUGUGAAUUGCAUCGAACGCAAGAAUGAAACCGAUUUCGUUUUGACUUUGACACGCACUAAACGUGAUCUCUCCGCAUAUGAUAUGAGCGACAUGAAUAAGGAAGAUGUGGAGAGUUACCAUUCUCAAGCGGCUUUACAGGAUGCACUUACAAUGCCACAGAGCGAGGCGAUGGAGGAAUCGCAUAGAAGGCGCAAACGUUCAUUUAUACCUCGUAUUGAUGCCGGCAUCUCACCCAUACACAUCAACUUCGUCAGCAACUACGAUGACAAACAACAUCGUGACUAUGUUAGCCCUAUAUUCUCCUCGAUGGUUUAUCGCACUCCAGACAUUCAAAAAGCUUUCUUCCUGCUCUUACUCGUCAUACUUAUUGGUGAAUUCUUCAGCGCUCCUGCCAUUACGCUCGCUGACUCAGCUGUCAUUACAUUGCUCGGCGACGAUGCCGAUAAGUAUGGUCAUCAGCGCAUGUUUGGCUCACUCGGCUGGGGUAUUUCUAUGUUCAUUGUCGGUAUUGUGCUCGAUCACUCGACACGUUUCUCGCAUCAUCCCUGCGGUGCUGGCCAUAUGGAAAAGAACUACAACAUCUGCUUUGCCAUCUUUUCGAUAUUGAUGACUUGCGCAAUUGUUUCGGCGUCGAAAAUCACUUUCAAAUACGAUCCAAUCGAUAUAGAACAGCCCGCUGAGAAUCCAGACGCCACAGCUAACAAACAGGCGGAGGACGAGAGCAUGGCUGAGCUGGCUGCACAGCUGAAUUUGCCCACUUUGGCGAUCGGUAGUGGUUCGGCGGUGGUCGGCAAGGCACCACAGGCCGCUGUGGGCGCACAGUCGACAAUGUUUGCACAAACCACUAAGGAAAUGCCCGAAUGGUUAACUGUGUUAACACACUUUAAGGAUAUGAAAACUAUUUCGUUUCUAUUCGUUGCCUGGUUUAUGGGUUUCGGCAUUGGACUGAUAUUUACCUUCCUCUUUUGGCAUCUACAAGAUUACGGCGGUACUCCGACGCUUUUCGGUGUUGCUUCUGUGAUUAAUCACGUAUCCGAGAUCUUCGCCUACUUCUACAGCUUCCGUUUUAUUACACAAAUUGGCCAUAUAAAAGUGUUGUGCUUGGGCUUAAUCGGCAAUGUGCUGCGAUUUUUGUAUAUCUCAUAUGCGACCAAUCCUUGGAUGGUGUUACCGUUCGAACUGAUGCAGGGCAUUACACAUGCUGCCGUAUGGGCAGCUUCCUGUUCGUACAUAGCGCACAGCACACCCAAACAUCUGAGAGCUUCAGCACAGGGCGUUCUACAGGGUAUACAUCAUGGUUUGGGACGCGGUUGUGGCGCGAUUAUUGGUGGCAUGUUUGUGACAUACUACGGCACUACGAAAACAUUCCGUGGUUAUGGCCUGGCUUGCCUCGUGGUCUUGGGUGUUUUCAUCUUCGUGAAUUUCUAUCGUAAAGAUCAGGGCUUUAUCUCGGAUUUGCCAGCAACGGAGGAUCCGCGACAGGUAGCGGAAGAGACCUCACAUCUGGCGCCACAUGGUGUACCAAGUAAUCCAAUACCACGAGCACUCUCUAAUGCCCGUCUGAAUGAGAUGAAUCCAAACGGUGGUACUGGCAAUACCUACGGCACCUACCAAACUUCGGGCGGUAAUCUUGACAUACCUGGCGCUAAUCCACACAACCCAUUCGCGCAAUAAAUUGGAAAAAGUAUCCCUGUAUAAGACGAGAAAGUAGUUGAAUUGGCUGAAAAGUGAGCAUGGAGUUAGAAUGAAAGGAGGAUAUUUUUAGAUGAUUUUGCAUUUACAUAUGUCUGCGUAGAUAUUUUUUUGGUAUGAGUUUCAUGAACAGUUUUGAUCAGAUCUAUUUGUAUAGUUUAUACAUACAUACGUAGUUAUACUGGUAGAAUAAUAUUGUUAACAAAUCUAAUCGUGUUAUUAAUAAGAAAUCAUAUUUAUAAUGGAGAGCGCUUAUUUGAUUUGUAAUCUCUUUAAUUUAAUACUUAUUUAUUAUAAUUACUUAUAGCAUUAUCUUUUUAAUUACACAAUUACUUUGGUGAAUAUCAGAACACUAAAUUUAUUCAUAUUUUAAUUAUCAUUACAUUAUUGCUUUCAAAAGGAUUACUGCAUUGUUAUAAUUACUUCUAGCAUUCUUUUUUUAAAUACCACAAUUACUGUUAUCUUAAACAGUGUCACUAAACCGAUUGAUAUUUUAAUUACAUUGUUGCUAUAAAUACAAUUAUCUAAACAAUACCAAUGUACAAACAGUUACUGUUAUCCUUUAUCAUUACCAUUUUCAUCAUUUCUCAUUAUACUCCCAUUAUUUUGAAAUAACCUACAAUUACAAUCUGAAGUAUCAGUACUUAUACUGUUACGAUUACAUUAAUUAAAUUUUACUUAACAUUGUCUAAUAUGAGUAUGAUUUUACCAAUACUUUUACCAUUAAUUUUGCAUUACACUAGUUUUUUAUUACAUUUACUAUUAGUUAAAAGGUAUUACCAAUUUAUGUAUAAUUAAAAUUACUAUCAAUAUAUAACUCUUUUCUAAUUAUGUUAUCAAUACUUUUUCAUUACUGCUCAAUAUUGUUCAUACUUUUUAACUAUUUACUUAGAUUAAAACUAGUAUUCUUACAAAAGUAUAGUAUUGUUAGUUUAUUAAUGAAUACUAUUACUAUUACAACCAUUACCAUUCCAUUACACUAAUUUAAUGUUUUUAUUAUUAAUAGUUCAAAACUAUUACCAAUAAUGGUGUAAUCACAAUUACAUUACAUUUAAUUACUUUUACAUUACUGCUCAAUAUUAUACAUAUUUUUUAACCAUUUACUUUGAUUAAAACCAGUAUUCUUACAAAAGUAUAGUAUUGUUAGUCUAUUAAUGAAUACUAUUACCAUUACAACCAUUACUAUUCCAUUACACCUAUUUAAUGUUAUUAUUAUUAAUAGUUCAAAACUAUUACCAACGUACAUUACAUAUAAUUAUUUUUUCAUUACUGCUAAGUAUUGUAAACAUUUUGUAAAAUAUUUAUUUUUAUUAAAAAUAUUCUUACAAAAGUAAUCAUUACUAUUGUUAGUCUGGUAAUCAUUAUCACCAAUUUCGAAGUAUUUUAUUGUAUAAAUUUUCGCUCUCUGCUAAUUCUUAAGUGUUACAUAUAUAAAAUAACUGUCCUUUCGUUAUAUUGUUAGUUAAUUAAGUGAGCGGAAUCGCAACAAAAAAAUAGUUGUAUUAUAUUUACUAGUAAAUUUUACAUUUAAUUAAAAGGAGAUUAGCAAAAUACAAUUCUAGAUGUGUUUAUUCUAAUUACAACUUUAUUAAACUGUUCAGAAAUAUAUUAAAUAUGAAAAAUUAUAAACUUUAGAUAUGAAUUGAGUUAAACGAAAAUACUACAUAAUCGAAGAGUAAGAUAUUUAGAAAAUAAACGACAAAAGUAUAAAAAAAAAAACUAAAAAAUAUUAAACAUAAAAUUGAAUAAUUAAACAAAGAGAACGCAAACAUGGUAAUGAAAAACAAUCAACUUGAAUGUGCAGCAAUACAAUAGCAAAAUAAAACAGCUCAGUGUAGAAUUUGUAACGAAUAGAAAGUAAAAAAGAAAACCGAAAAAUAUUUAAAUACAAACAAACAAGCAGUUGUAAAGGAAAACGAAAAGUGAAUACGAAAAAAUUUUACAGUAAACAUAUCUUGGAGGGCGGCCUGCAAUAGAAAACACUUGUAUAUUAUUUGUUGUAAUGCUAAGUAAUUGGCGAUAUACAAAUUUUAUAAAACUCAUAAAAAUAUUAUUGGAAUUAUUUACAGUGUUUUACUGAAAGUCUAAGCAAUUUCUUUUUAUUUUCAAUACAACUCUGUAAGAGAUUUUAUAAUUGUUUUUGUUUUUGCACACACCUAAAGCUACAAAUAAAUGCUAAUAUAUAUAUUUUUAAAUACACAGAAGUAGUGUAGACGCAGUUAAUGUUGUACUAUACUCGUAUAUGUACAUAUUUGCACAUAAGUACAUGCUGGCAUAUACAUACAUAUAUGUACAUAAUACCACACCCAUAUAAAUAUAAAUACAAGUACGUUAGCGUGAGAGCAACAAAAUGUAGAUGACACCUGCUGAAGCCAAAGAGUUAAUGAAAGCUAUGGAUAACGGUAAAUUGUAGAAAUAACACUGGGAUCUAAAAGUAAUUACAUAAAGUGAUUGAUUAAUUACUAGUAAUUACUUGAUCUGAAUUUAUUUUUUAAACUUACUUUAUUAAUUAUAAAACUGUGGCAACAUGGAAUGCUGCAGGAAAUAUUUUGUUGCAAUAAAACUCAGGAAUUGAUAAAAAUUUAAAAUAUUGUAUUCAUUAACAGAUUACAUUAAUUUAAAAAAAAUGUUGUCAGUAACAAUUAUAUGUUAGUCAAAUAUUUUAUUGAUAAUUUAUUUAUCUAUUUAAAUAGUUUAAUUAUUCUAAAUAAGAUUGUUUAAAUGUAAUCAAUUACAUUAAAUUUAAGUAAGAAAUUAUAACUUAAUUAGCACAACAGACGAAAAAUGGCUUUAGAAAAAGUUACGAGCAAAUUAACGACUUGCUAUAUAAAGCGAAGCAUAUUCUAUUAAGAACAUACAUAUGAAAUGUGAAUAAGAAAAGCUUUAUGAAAAGUUACGAGAAAGCUCUUAUGAUUUAACAGUGAAAGCUUUACUUGAAAUGCUUUUUUUAAAUGAAAGCUGAGUAACUAUAUUAUAUGCAGAAACCUAAAUACCGAAGACCAAGUGAAAGCAUUCAAUGAUGAACGAAGUUAUAACAGUAACGGUUAAAAAUAAAAACUAUAAAGUUAAAGCUAUAAUCUUUAUGUCUCUAAUUUCUAUGGAAAAUUAUUUAUUUUCUCCAACAAUGAAAAAAAAAACAACAAAGGUAACAAGGGUUUUUAAAUUCGUAGGAGCUUUCAUGAAAGCUUUAGAAAAGAAGUAGUAAUAGAAGCUAUUGUAGCUAGUCACUGAAGCUCAUCACAUGUAGUGAAACGUGGUUUUAAUUUUCUGUGAAAUCGUGAAAGCGACACCAAAGCUUUAAAAUCGAAAAAUGAAAGCUUACCGUCUCUUGGGAGCGAAUAAUGUUUUCAUACUAUAUAAAUAUGUAUGUGCUAGCGAAAGAAAUAAGAAACCUGUAGCGUGCACGUGUACUUGUAUGCACUCACAAACUUCAGAUGUAGAAACUUUGGUUGCAAUGCUUUUUUCACAUCACAAUCAUAUCAUUUUAGCAAAUAAGUAAAUAUACAGCUAUUUCGCAACACAAAAUGUUUAAUGUUGAAAACAAAUAUGUACGUAACUACAGAAAUGUGUAGGUAAAUGGUAUAAACCAGAGUAAGAUAAAGUAAAGUAUACCGUAAAAAUAUUGGAUUGAUAUAAAUUAUAUGCAAGAAAAUCAAUGAGAAGCAGCAGUAAUAUACCUAAAUGUUGUACCUUGGUAAAAAUACAAGAAAAUAUAUAUAUAUAUAUAAUUAAACAAAUUAAAAAAGCCCAAAACAAAAAUAAAAACUAAACUAAAAAGUUAUAAGAAUUUCACAAAUCUGUUUAUUAAUAUUACUAAUAGUUUUUGAGAAGCGCUGGUUUUGAAAUUUUUUUUUUUUGUGAAAAAAGAAUUGGUUGGCGUUAUAAAAAUUUAAAAAUUUUUGUAAGAAGUAAACUACUAUAUAAAAAGAACAAAAAAUGUAGAACUUUUGAACGAAUGAUAUUAUGGAAAUCCGCCUCAUUGAUCAAUCAAUCGCUACAUACAUAAGCUAUAUACAAAACUACACUGAAAAAAAUUGGCGAAAAUGCAAGAAAUUGCUUAGAACAUGCUUAGAUAUAUACAUAUACAUUUAUAGCGUUAAGAAAAUAAAGACAUAAUUGUGCCGUAGAUGUAAAUAUGGCAAAAUAGAUGGGGGAAAGGGUGAGAAAGGAAUUUAUGCUAAUUUAGUUACUUUGAGUUUUGUGCCACGUUUAGUUGGUUGCUGUGAGAGAGAGGCAUAUAUAGAUAUAUUGAGUAAAAGAGAGAGAGAGCGGUAGAUAUAGCGUGAAUAAACUUGCAAGAUAGUAUGAAAAA